GUGGCCCACUACAGUUGCGUUGAUCUGGUCGCAAAAGUCAGUUGCUUUCCGGCGUUCGCGGCACUCGGUGUGCACACUUUUUGGCAAGAAAGGUUGCUCCUUUUGCUUAACUUGUUAAUAAUCCGGCUUGCUUGAUCGAAUUGAACUAACUCGGUAGUGGAAAUUUGCGAGCUUCGCGCGAUAAGCUCCCAAGUUGCGGGCUAUUUUUUACAAGAAACACCAGGCGACUCCAGUGUGACAAAUUUUGGCAGUGUUUUGUGACAAAAGUUGGAGAAGAAGAAUUGUGGCUAAGGUUGGGAAAGUUUGAAUAAAUGUUGUGCUAAGUGAAUUUAAGUCGAAAAGAGAGAAAAUCUCGACACAAGUUUCGAGUUUCGUGGCUUCGAAGUGAAGAAAUGGAAAUUUUUGUGUCAAAAGUUUGAAAAAGUUGAAAAAAUCUGUUGAUUUAAAAAAGUGUGUUAAAAAGAAGAAGAAGAAAAAGUCGUGAAACAUAACAUUCAAACAAGAGCAGAGGAUUUAGUGGCUUGCGACGAAAAGUGUGACCGGAAUAUCUAAGGUCCCCUCUCUACUCCAAAAGGAGCUCCUCACGCCCAGCAUAUCCAAUCGAUAAGGCUCAUUAAUUACAGAGCUCAACAAACGCGCAUUAGUUCGAUUUAGCGCGCCGCGCCAAAACCAACCAAAACCAAAGGAAACUUUUUCUCUCCCCUUUUGCCCACGUGAUAGCAGGCACGUGAGAGGCAAAACAUUGCCAACGGAUUUUUGCCAAUACAACGCAACACCGGCACAGAUGAAUUGCACGGCUUGAAAGCUCACCACUGUGCGUAGGGAUUAAUCGUAGAAUUAAAUUAAGGGAUAUCUUCUCAAGGGAAGGCAAAUAUGCACCAACACAGCAGAAUGAAUCACGUGACAGCGGUGGUAGUGGCACUUUGCUGCCUACUGCCCUCCCUCCUGCUGGCACAAGCUCAACCCCAGCACCCCGCACAACAGCAGCAACGGUUCUCCCGGAGUGAGACCGACCUGCACGGAGCGCUGGCCCCGAACGCCGGCGAGCACAUCUCCGGGCGGCGCUUCAAGCGCAUGUACGCCAUGUGUCCGCCGCACUUUUUCCGCAUCGGCAACGAGUGCUACUACAUCUCGCAGAACAAGCAAAACUGGCUGGACGCCCACUUUGAGUGCAAAGACCGGAACAGCAAGCUGGCGGAGCCGAUGAAGUACGACGACAAGAACCUGCGCAAGUUCCUGAUCGCAUCCAAGGCCAAGAACUACAUCUGGAUCGGCGGCAACUACAACUGGCGCGCCAACAAGUGGCAGUGGGGCUACAACGGCAAGGACAUCGGCUACCAGUCGUUCAGCCAAAUGGUUCCAGGGAGCAGCCAGGAUCUGAAGUACCACUGUGCAGUGCUUAACCCUGACCUCCGCUUCAGGUGGUCAGCUAAGCUAUGCACAGAAAAGUUAAACUUCGUCUGCCAGCACAAGAUGCCGUUCGUGAACAGCCACAGCCGGACCAAGGUGUACACCCGGUGGAACGCGACCUUCCCGAACGAGUUGGCGAACGAGGUGGAGGUCGUGGUAGCGGAUCAACCGCACAGCAGUCGGAAGAACGAUUACUACAGUACAAUCAACACGACUACGGUUGCCCCGGUCGUUCUGUACAACCGCAUCCGCGGCAUGAAGCAGUCCAACCGGACGCUUCGCAUCCGACCUUCGCGCCGCCGGCCAAACCGCAACAAGCUGCUGCCCAAGAACGACUACAUCAGCAACGACGUGUACCGGCGACCGGUCGUCGAGUACGUCCAGGACCACAACAACAACAACUACCUUAACGGCAACGGAAACGGCUACCGCAAUGGCUUCAAGCCGACUGGCUUCAACGUGGACAUCCACCGGCAGCGGCUGUCCGGCCACAAGAAGCACAAGCUAAACGACGUCAACGGUGAGUACCGGCCGCACCAACACCGGCACCACCUCGGCGAGGCACGACCCGUAACGUCGGCGGCACCUCCGGCGACCACGACGCUACCCGCUACAACAACGACCACAACCACAACCACCACUACAACUCCGGCGCCCCAAACCCUCCCGACCGAGGCGCUCCAGGUCGCGGCCACCGAACGGGCCGAGUACGGGCAGCUGUCGCACGACGAGAAGAAGAACCGCCGGGCACGGCUGCGGGAACGUCUCGGCCGGCUCACCGACGAGGAGCGCGAGCAGUUCUACGCCGAGCGGGCCAAGCGAAAACGGGGCAAGAAGGCGCGCGCCCAGAACGAAACCAUUCCGUAAGAAGUCGAGCAGCUGUAGGGUGUUCAGAAGAAGCGUUGCCGCGAGAGUCCUUCGUUGAACGUGCGAGGGUUUGAGUCGGGUAGGGAGAAGACCCAAGGUCUGCUGCGGACCUAUUCGGACCCACGGGCUCUCGAUUGACCAAUCUAACACAGCAAGAAGAUAUGAUGGGGAGGAAGAGAGGUAUAAUAUUACAAAUAAGCGGUUCCUAUGUCUGUUUCUAGCGGAGGUAAGUUCUUGGAUAUUCGGAAGUUACUAGUACGAUUAAGGUAAUUCUAACAUCCGGUCAAAUGGAUAGCUAUCAGUCGUCACAAUUUCUGAGAAUCUACCACAAAAACAGCUCAUUAGAAGAUUAAACCUCAGAAAAAAUUACAAUUUAAUUUAUAAUUUAACUACAAUAUGCAUUCCCGAGCAGACGGAAAUAACUUGGGAAUAACUUUUUUUGAUAUUUGAAAAUACCAGGCCAAUAACAUUUUAUGUUAUUUAUAACAAGAAUUGUUAUUCGUCGUUAUGAAUUUUUUGCUAUUGGAUUGUUAAUGUAAUAACAGACUGAUAUCAGACCCGGGCAGACGGUAAUAACAAAAUUCAUGCCAUUUCAAUAACAAACACUGUUAAAAUAACAGAAAGUGUUAUGGAAUCUUCUUGAAAAAUCCAUUUUUGCAUAAGAUUUUAAUAACAGUUUAUGUUUUCAUAACACAAUUUGUUAUUGGGCUGAUAUUGAUUGAAAGCAAAAACAACUUGGGAAUAACAUUUUUUGUAAUGGAAAAAUAUCUCCAAAUGUCAAUGGAAUGAUCGGAUUAGUUGUUAAAAUAACAAAAACUAAUGACAAAAAUUUGUUCGAAGAAUAACUAAAACUGUUUUUAGUCUGUUAUAACAAUAACAAUCCCCAAACAACAAAAAAUAUAGUGACUAAAAACAAACCUUGUUAUAAAUAACAUAAAAUGUUAUUGGUAUUUUCAAAUAUAAAAAAAAUAUUCCCAAGUUAUUUCCGUCUGAUCGGGUAUCCCGGGCAGACGGUAAUAACAAAAUUCAUGCCAUUUCAAUAACAAAUACUUUUAAAAUAACAAAAAGUGUUAUGGAAUAUUCUUGCAAAAUCCAUUUUUGCAUAAGAGUUUAAUAACAGUUUACGUUAUCAUAACAAAAUUUGUUAUUGGUCUGAUAUUGGUUGAAAGCCAAAACAACUUUGGAAUAACAUUUUAUGUUAUGGAAGAAUAUCUCCAAAUGUUAUUGGAAUGAUAGGAUUUGUUGUUAAAAUAACAAAAAAAAAUAACAAAGAUUUGUUCGAAGAAUAACUAAAACUGUUAUUAGUCUGUUAUAACAAUAACAAUCCAAAAACAAAAAAAUAUAUAGCGACGAAAAACAAACCUUGUUAUAAAUAACAUAAAAUGUUAUUGGUAUUUUCAAAUAUCAAAAAAAAAUAUUCCCAAGUUAUUUCCGUCUGAUCGGGUAUUCAUAUGUCCGGGAAUUCAGAGUUCAUGUCCGUACCGUUAAUAUUCCGAAUAUCCAAAGACAUACCUUCAAUUUCUAAGCACACUCGUACGAAUAAUCUCUUUUCGCAGACUCAGCGAAUCAGUUGAUGAAAUUCCAGAAAUUUUAAUAUUAACCUUACUCAAAAAACUUGAAUAAAUCAGUAUUUUUCAUCGAAACUUGUGUGCAACUUUGUAUACAAGUUUCAAAAUCACUGACAUAGUUCUGAAUUUUUCAAAGUCAGAGAAUAUUUGGUAGACUGUAUUUUCAACUCAACUGAUUUGCUAACAAAAAUACAAAAAAAAACACACAUAUCCUUCCUUCCUCUUGUGACAGAAAAACCAUAAGUAAACAACAAAACUAGCCUUUAAGAUAAAAAGCACUUUCCUUAUUAUUAUUUUUUUCUAACAAAAACUAGGUUCAAAUUCAUUGCUGUCAAAUUUUGAACCACGUUUUUGAUCCAAAACAGUGAAAUGAAAAGUCUACUAUUUAAAUACCCUUUAAAGAUUAACUACUUAAGGCCCAACUUUGAUCCAAAUGAACGAACUUUUUUCCAGUUUUAACUUUAACGCGUAACUAAAAACGAAAAAAAAAAUAUUUUGUAAUAAAGCAAAAAAAAAGCGUAACAAGCUAAACAAACAAAACAAUGCCAACAAACAGUCAUUAUUUGUUAAGUUCAAGUUGUACCACAUUUUCGAGAUACCUUUAAGCAGAAGCACACACACAUACAAAAUGUAAAACAUUCAAUUACACAAACAAAGUAGAGCAAACAUUUUCAAAUCUUGUUAAUAGUAAAAUGAAACAAUUAAAACAAAAAGAACAUUUUGUAGUUUUCAUUAAAACAAAAAUAGCAGGUAAAACAAGUAACCAGUGGAAAAAGAAAAAUCAUUCAAAACACCUGCAAACUCCACAAUUAAAUAGAGGGAAAACCCAACUGAAAAAAAAAACAUUGAAACUUUAAACUGAUAACUGACGUGGUAUAUAAUUCGAGAAACGGGAGCAAAAAAAAGCAAGCAAAGCGAAAUUAUAUUAACAAAUUUGCCAUAUUAACAAGUAAGAGAAAGUCCUUAAUACGAGCGUAAACAAACUUUAAG